AUGACUAUAGAUAAUGACUUAUGGGAUAUUAUGAGUUCUUCCUCCUCGAGGAAACCUAAUAAGCAAUCUGGAUCUCUGAUAUUCAAUGUAAAUUUACCUAAAAAGAGGCCGAAAUCGAAAAUUCACAUCCAUGGUCUCAAUAACGAAAGCGAAGACUUCUUAGAUUUGAUUGGUAGGUCAACUAAAAAAAAGAGAAUUGAAGAUGAAAUACAAAUAGAAUUGAAUAAGAAGAAAGAUAGACCUCCAUUGGGUAAGAAGAUUGACUUAAUGAGUAUGAGCUCGCUAUUGAGUUCCCAGGAGAGUCAACUGAAAUCACAGAGGGAACCAUUGACGUUGAACAGGGCUACUUCACACACCAAUGACGGUGUGAAGAGUGAUAAAGUUCAAUCUGAAAAUGAAGAAGAAAUUGCUGGUGAGGAUGAUAACGAAGAUGAUAUCCAGAUGAAGAUAGUGACCGAAGAUAGACGUUCAAAAGAUGCCCUAGGAAUAUCGAGUGAUAACGCCGCAGUUCAAUUAGAAGCAUACCCUGAGCAGAAUCUGAUUCUAGGUGGUAUACUAAACUAUGAAAAACAGGUUAUUCCGGAGGAAAGUGUCAAUAAUACGCAGGAAAAUGAAGAAGAAGAGGAAGAAGAAGAAGAAGUAAAAGAAACAGUGCACCAAAGAGAUGCCGACGGAGAUUACAAUGAAGCAGACGAUAUAGAGGAUUUGCCUGUCUCAACCAAUUCACUCUCUCCUGAUUUGAUCGAUGAUAGUGAAGACGAACCUGAUAUAAUAAUACCUAGCACUGAAGUUAUGGAACAGCUUCUGAGCCAAAUACGACGGAGUCACGAUGAAGUGCCCAACCAAACGCAUGACGAUUUUGACCACUCUGUCCCAGCAACUAGUGUCAUACAGGGAGCCCAAAAAGAAGCUCCUAAUAGCACUAAAUAUAAGCAGAUUGAUUUAGUGCCAGCUAUUUCUAAAGAGUCAACUGCAAAGAAUAUCUCACCAGAUUUUGAUACUGAAACUUCUGAAAGACAAUCUAAAGGAACUUCUUCAAUAAAAGUUACUAAGGUGACAAUUCCGAAGAAGGCUAAAGUCUCAUUAGCUUCUUUAUGCUCCAAGACGAACAAUUCUCAAAUAUCCCAUAGGGUUGGACUUUCUAAAAAGUUUAGAGUAGACUCGCUACAUAAUUAUUUAACUAAAUAA